UGAGCUCAAAAUUACCCCUGAACGUUAUACCAGUGAACUAUUAAUUAGACAAGAAGAGGUUUCUCAAGAUGCAAGCGUCAGAUUUCACUAAAGUACAGCCAUUAAGUUCAAAAGAGGAUCCAGGAGGGGACUGUUUUGUCCGAAUCCACAAGAGAGACUUGGAGAGGCUGUGCACUGAGGUCAUGCAGCUGCGGGAAUUUGUGCCUAAAGUUAUUAACGGUGACUUUCUGGAUGCCCUGAGCAAAGCCCGCUCUCUGGACACACUUCGAGAACAGAGCCAGCAGCAGCAGCAGCAGCUGAAGCAGGAGUGUUUACACCUCUGCUCCCGCCUUGACGCAGCACAGUCCGAGUGCCAGAGAGAGAGAGAGGAGAAACUGGUUCUAAGGGAGCGGUUAUGGGAAAGUCGUGAGCAGCUGCAGCAGCAGGCGGAGUUCUGUACAGGCCUGGGUGCCGCCACCUGCACCGUGCUCUGGAGCGCUUCCCGUAAAGAAGAGGCUGUAAGGGACGUACUGGCUGAUGGAAAGCUGGAACCAUUCUUAAGUGUAGCGGGUCAAACCCUGGAGAGUUUUGUCAAAUCUCUGGACGAGGAGGAGAAACCCCAGCAGCAGAACUACAAUUCCCAUGAGCACCAGUUUGUGCUAGCACUGGCUGGUGUCAUCACCAAUUUGGCGGCUGUGACUUGUGGGAGGGACUUCAUUUCUAGUUCUGCGCAUGUCUUGUUGGACACUCUGAUGCAGCUGCUUGGGUUAAUGAAGUCUGGGGUCUUUCCCAAGCUUAAAGUGCUGAUGCUUAUGGCUUUAUACAACGUCAGCCUCAGCGUAAAUGGACUGACGUACAUCAGCGAGAGUCCUGCACUCCUGUCUCUCAUAUGCACCCUGCUUGAAGACCGGGACUCAGAGGUAUGUCUGCAGGCCCUGCGGUUGCUCCAGUCUCUGCUAGUGGAGGGUGACGUAUUGGCCCAAAUCAGCCCAGACCUCCAGCGGUCCCUUCCAGUGGAGAGAAUCCGCCAGUUGGCCUCAAGCCGCCACUCAGCCCUCAGACAGACGGCCCAGGAGAUGUUGGAAGACAUCAACUGCCUCACCAAAACUCGUCACACAACCAUCGAGAAAGAACAGUGAUGAUGCGGACACCUACAGACCUUGCACUACUUCUAGUCUAUACACAUUGAUGUUCUGUUCUCUGUGUGGGCCAAUUUCAGCGCUCAUUCUCUUAUUUGUAGCCAGUGUAAUCACUUAAAAAGGGUCAUGGGUCACAGGGCCCAUUGAAAUAUGGCUCACUGCAGGUCUGAGCUCCUGGGUGGUCUAAGAAGUAGUGAUAAUGGUGAAAAUGGCUAAUGUUGCUCUCUGUUAAGAAAUGUAUUAGUUAAGGAUAGCAUUCUUUUUUUUUUUUUUUACAUUUGCACAUGUUUCUAAUACAUCUAGGUGUAGCUGUUGAGGUGAAGCCAAAGUUGUUAAUGUGUUCAGAUUUGCUGUUCUAUGUAUUACUAGUAUUUUUUCAUGGCUUGAAAAAAUUAAAGUUGUUUUUAUUUGAUUUUUUUUAUAUGUGUGGUGUAUAUUGUGGUAAUCCAUCAUUGCAAACACACUCUUAGUAUACAAAAACACUUUUUUGCCUUUGACCAUGUCCGGUUAAUUCGGGUUAUAAAUAUGAGGUUGCAUACAGGAAAAAUUUCUUCAGGACCAUGGGGAAAACCAAAUAAUAUUUAACAUAACAGGCAGUUGGUUGUUGCACAAGACAUAAAAAUUAGGUGUCUAGUAAUACCAUCGAUUAAAAUUAGGACCAUACGAAGAAUAUUUUAAAACUUUGGAACAGUUGACAAUUUGCCAGGAAGAGGGUAUAUGAGUGUAAAAAAAAAACUGCAUGGUUUAUAACAAGCUGUUUAUGCGGGUUACCAAGAGGAAGCCCUUCCUGAGAGCAUCACACAAAAUGUAGCUGAACGUCACCAAGAGUUAUUGAAACUGCAUCCUGAAUCA